UCCACCCAUGUAUUAGGUGUAGCCAUUGAAGAAGAAAUAAACACAGUAAGAUUUUUGUACCCCCAUUAUCCAAACAAUGAAUGUGCUCAAAACUUGUGGAGAAAACUACCAUCAAUUAGUACCUUCAUUAAGUUCCAAAUGUGUAACUGCAAAUGGUAAUUUUGCAGAAUCAUUAAAAAUUGCUCAUAAAAAUAGAAGAAAGCAGAUGGUAGUGAGAGGAAGUAGUGGUGGGGAAAGGCGUAGUUUCUUGACACUAGAAGAAGCUGGCCUUGUUGAAAUGUCUGGUCUCAGCACUCACGAACGUUUUCUAUGUCGAUUGACGAUAUCGUCACUGAAUUUACUAAGAGUGAUAGCAGAGCAAGAAGGUUGUUCAAUUGAGGAAUUAAAUGCUGGUAGGAUAUGUGAUUGGUUUUUGAAAGAUAAGCUAAAGAGAGAACAGAAUUUGGAAUCUGCUGUCCUUCAAUGGGAUGAAUCCGACUUCCACCUAUAAUUCCAGCCUUUGAAUAGUAGCUGACUCAGUUCUUCUCCUAUAUUGAAAGGAAUAAAAGAGGAAAAAUCAACAAAAUAUCAACUUUUUCCUGCUAAUACUCCGUAUCUUCUUUAUUUGCUUGGAAUAAGACUUUUUUCGGGACCCUGCAUAAAUACGAGAUAUUUUAGGUUUGUCUCUCAUUAGAUAGGUUAAUUUUGUCAUUCACUUAUGUUUUCUUAAUACUUUGUUGUUAUUGUUUGUUGAUUCCCUUUCACUAUCCCUUGAGUCGAGGGUUUAUCGAAAACAGUUUUCUUACCUUUACAAGGUAAAGGUAAGGUGUAGGUGCACAUUACCUUUA